UCGUGUGAAGGGUGAGAUCUUUAAACUGGAGCAGGGUCGAGGCGGGCCGGCACCCCCUUCUGAACUCUGGUGCCGCCGGCCUCAGGAUCAGAUAUGGCCCAGAAUUUGAAAGACUUAGCGGGACGGCUGCCCGCCGGACCCCGGGGCAUGGGCACGGCGCUGAAGCUGCUGUUGGGAGCUGGCGCCCUGGCCUACGGUGUCCGCGAAUCCGUGUUCACCGUGGAAGGAGGGCAGAGAGCAAUCUUCUUUAAUCGGAUCGGUGGCGUGCAGCAGGACACCAUUCUGGCCGAGGGCCUUCACUUCAGGAUCCCCUGGUUCCAGUACCCCAUAAUCUAUGACAUUCGGGCCAGACCUCGAAAAAUCUCCUCCCCCACAGGUUCCAAAGACCUGCAGAUGGUGAACAUCUCCCUGCGAGUGCUGUCUCGGCCCAAUGCCCAGGAGCUUCCUAGCAUGUAUCAGCGUCUAGGGCUAGACUACGAGGAACGAGUGUUGCCGUCGAUUGUCAACGAGGUGCUCAAGAGUGUGGUGGCCAAGUUCAAUGCCUCACAGCUGAUCACUCAGCGGGCCCAGGUGUCCCUGUUGAUCCGACGGGAGCUGACCGAGAGGGCCAAAGACUUCAGCCUCAUCCUGGAUGAUGUAGCCAUCACGGAGCUGAGCUUUAGCCGAGAAUACACAGCUGCUGUAGAGGCCAAACAAGUGGCCCAGCAGGAGGCCCAGCGGGCCCAGUUUUUGGUAGAAAAAGCAAAGCAGGAGCAGCGGCAGAAGAUUGUGCAGGCUGAGGGAGAAGCUGAGGCUGCCAAAAUGCUUGGGGAAGCACUGAGCAAGAACCCUGGCUACAUAAAACUUCGCAAGAUCCGGGCAGCCCAAAACAUCUCCAAGACGAUUGCUGCAUCACAGAAUCGUAUCUAUCUCACUGCUGACAACCUUGUGCUGAACUUACAGGAUGAAAGUUUCACCCGGUAAGAGAUGUGACUGCACAGGAUGGUAUCACAAAGAACAUGGAACUUUAAAAGUGGUCAGUUGCGUUCUGGAGUUGUAGUAUCUACUCAUUGAAAGACUAUUUUUCUAAACCAAAAUUAGAAAAGGAGGUACUUGACAGUUCCUAACAUGCAUCCCAUGGUAUUGAUUUUAUGAGAUCAAAUAGAUUAUUCAUGUAGAAAACACUGUAAUUGGGCGGCGCCUGUGGCUCAGUGAGUAGGGCGCCGGCCCCAUAUGCCGAGGGUGGCGGGUUCAAACCCGGCCCCGGCCAAACUGCAACAACAACAAAAAAAAUAGCUGGGCGUUGUGGCGGGCGCCUGUAGUCCCAGCUACUCGGGAGGCUGAGGCAAGAGAAUCUCGUAAGCCCGAGAGUUAGAGGUUGCUGUGAGCCGUGUGAUGCCACGGCACUCUACCAAGGGCAGUACAGUGAGACUCUGUCUCUACAAAAAAAAAAAAGAAAACACUGUAAUUGUAAAGUUUUAUCUAAUUGAAAAUUGGUAAUCGGUAGCCGGGCGUUGUGGCGGGCGCCUGUAGUCCCAGCUACUCGGGAGGCUGAGGCAAGAAAAUCGCUUAAGCCCAGGAGUUGGAGGUUGCUGUGAGCUGUGUAAGGCCACGGCACUCUACCGAGGGCCAUAAAGUGAGACUCUGUCUCUACAAAAAAAAAAAAAAAUUGGUAAUCGGGCAGCGCCUAUGGCUCAUUGAGUAGGGCGCCGGCCCGGUAUACCGAGGGGGACUGUUCAAAACCAGCCCUGACGAUUGCAAGAGGGACUUUACCUAACAAUUGCAAUCAGUGUAACCUGGCUUAUUGUACCCUCAAUGAAUCCCCAACAAUAAAAAAAAAAAAACGGCCCUGACCAAACUGCAACCAAAAAAUAGCCAGGCAUCGUGGCAGGCGCCUAUAGUCCCAGCCACUCGGGAGGGUGAGGCAAGAGAAUUGCCUAAGCCCAAGAGCUGGAGGUUGCUGUGAGCUGUGACACUACAGCACUCUACCGGGGGUGAUAAAGUGAAACUCUGUCUCUAAAAAAAAGAGGAAGAAAAUUGAUAAUCAGUUUUCUUACUCAAGAGCCCUCAACCUGCUACUCUGGUGCAUGGAAGGAUAUUAGGAAAGAAGAUGAAAAAUAGAAGUGGCCAUGAAAUAAGGCCUCCUCUUAUGAGCUCAAGGUUCCUGGCUGCCAACCCUAUUUGUCUUUUUCUCUUGGGAACAAAGUAAGAGAGCUGGGUGGGGCCAGCUCUGACCCUUCACAUGUGUAUUUCUCUUCUCUAUGUUUCCUGUUCAUCUGGUGACCUGGGACUACAGGGGAAGGUAAGUUGUCACUGUGUCCUUGUUUCUGUGGGGUUCUGCAUCUUCCCAGUGCCUGCCUCCUACCCACCUCACCUUUCUCUCUUCCCUACAGAUACACCCUCAGGGGAGGAGGGAAUGGCCUGGGGUGCUCUCAUGUACAUGUCCCCUAAUAUCAUUUGUCCCCUUUUUUACAGUGACAGCCUCAUCAAGGGUAAAAAAUGAGCCAGAGAACCAGGAAGUCCACCCCUGAGAGCAAGUGGAUCUCUUCUCCAAUUUUCAAGGAGCCAGCUAGAGGUCCAGCAUACUCCCAUCUCACCCCCAAUAUCAUGUGAUGGUCCCCUGCACCCGCACUGGCCUCACUACCCCUCUUGAACUAAAGAAGACUGACGAUCACCCCUUUUUCUGAGGAAUGACUUUCCUCCUUGUGUUGGCCAGGGGUGUUGGGACAGUGUGUUAUUUCUCAGUGAUUUCCUAGUGCUUUUUCCUCCCUCAAGGUUGGGAGACAAUAACCACCAACCCAGGAAUUCUCAAUAAAUUUUUAUUACUUAAGAUGAAA